GGAGAAUGAAAAGGAAAGUUGCGACAAGACUUUGAGGUUUUUCAGUGUUUAAAAAUGAACCAGCAGAGCCAAAGAUAGAGACACUGUGCUGUUGGUGAAGCUGCAGGCGUGUGAGGUCGACUCAACAUGGCUGAAACACACAGAGUGACGGCGCAGGGCAGGAAGAAAUGGACCAUUCCACAGAGAAGUGCGACUCAUGAGAAUAAACCGAGUGUUCGUCCUCCCGACACCGAAGCCGAGAGAAAUCUGGUGGUUCCUUUCAGAGGUCACAUCACAAGUGGGAUGCGGCCAGGGAAGAAGGUUGUGGUGGUGGGUGUUGUGGACUCCUGUCCGGACAGGUUCUACAUCGCCCUGACAUGUGGUCGUGGAACAUCCAGGGAGCCUCCGCCUGAUGUGGCUCUGGAGCUGUGUGUUCGAUUCAGGGACCGACAAGUCCUGCGCAGAGCCUGCGUGUCCGGAUACUGGGGAGACGUCGACAGAGCCGUGCCUUUCUUCCCCUUCAUCAGAGACCAGCCGUUCAAGAUUGAGAUUCACUGUGAGCAAAGUCGGUUUCGCGUGUUUGUGGACGGACAGAAGCUGUUUGACUUUCACCACAGAUUGACGUCACUCUGCGACAUCGACACGUUAUGGAUCAAAGGAAGCAUCACCAUCACUAAACUGGCUUGAAAUAAAGACUUCAGUGUUCAGUACUCUGCACACGAGCCUCUUUUUGGAAGAUGUGGAUCUCAAACUGUUUGAGUCAUCACUUUGUUGAGUACAAACCUCCUCGUCUGAACAUUCUCUGUAUUCACCCUUUAUAGUGUCAAAUGUUAAACAUGAGGAGAAAGUGGUGUAAAUAUGAGUAAGAAAUAUGUGUUUUAAGGUCUACUGAAGGAAACUGUGUGGGAACUGUCAUUUGUGACUGUGUAGGAAUGUUCGCCAACUUCCCCAAAAAGUCUCAAGAACAUUUAUAAUUUGUAAUUGUGAUGCUGUUUAUUGUUUUGUUGUUGUUUGGUUUCUCUUUCUGUCACUAGAGGCACCAUUUUUUAUAACAUUCAGCCCACAGGACACAACCACUGCAGCUGUAUAUAUUAUAUGUGUCUCCUACAAAUAAAGGCAUUGAUUGGGAUUAAC